UUGGGCACAUUUUGAGGAGGAUAACUUCACGUGAUAAAAAAAUUUGCUCACUGUGCGGAUCAAUCCAUUGUGGUCUUUUUUUUUUCCCUUUUCCCAGCAGUGGCAGGCAUGUGGUUGUCAGAUGGGCAAAAAAUUGGUGUGGGCUUAACUGCCCUUGGCGUGCUUUUCAUGUUCAUGGGCGUUUUGACCUUCUUCGACGCGGGGUUACUGGCGAUGGGUAAUAUAUUGUUUCUUUCAGGUAUCACAUUAACUAUCGGUAUCCAAAAGACGGUCGCGUUUUUCGCACAACGAAACAAGAUACGUGGCACCAUAUGCUUUCUGGGUGGGAUCCUACUCGUCUUUAUCAAAUGGCCGCUGUUUGGCAUUAUUAUUGAAGUCUUUGGUAUUCUCAAUCUAUUUGGAGACUUUUUCCCGCUUAUAUUUUCAUUUUUACGGCGUCUGCCCGUCAUUGGAUCUAUCCUCAACCGCCCGGCAUUGAACAAUUUCUUUGACCGAUUUUCAUCCUCCUCCUCCUUGCCCGUCUGAAGCGUGUACGACAUCAUGACAUACUAUAUAGAAAUCCAAGAUCAAUAGAAAAAGAGAAAAAGCAGCAAAAACUAAACUUGUCAAGUUAUCGAUUGUGGGAAAAACGAGCGUCGGA